UAAAGCCUCCAGCUCUCCCGGAUCUCUAGGUCUACAUAUACACAGAUAUAUAUCUACCGUGAAUUAAAAACGGUUUAAACUAUAUUUAAAAGGAAUAAAAUUGGUGCAAUGAAUCGUGAACCUAAGACAUCCGGAAACCUUCUUACUGGUUAUACUAGUAUAUGUGCAUGACUGACCUAGUGGGACAAUAGUGCAGGUCUUGGUUUUACUGUAAUUGCGAAUACAUUGAACGGUAUUAAAGGGGACAAUUUAUUAACCGCCAUAAAGAUAUUUAUAAGAUUACUGCGUGUUAACAUCGGAAUCGGACAAAUACAUUGCGCAAGAUGAAAAAAGACUGCCACGAUUAAGGUGAUGUUUUGAAAUACACGAGAAUACAACUUAAAUAAAUUGGACAUGCAUCGCAUAGUUCAUGAGUAUACAGGUUCGACUCCUUAAAAGAACAACAUGACAGGGGAGAUAAUUGCCCUUGAUGUGUGGGACAAGUUGCUGAUCUUGGCUGGGGUGGCGCUCUUUAUGGUCUUGGUCGUUUUGACGUUGAUGUGUGUGCUCUCUCCCUACUGCUGUCUUUAUCAAUACUGUCCGUUCCGGAAUACGAAUCGACUAGAUGGCAAACCUUUGAUAAAUUAUGGAUCUACUGACAUAAUGCUGGAAUCCAAACACGACAGGCGAUCUUAUCUGGGGUCUAUAAAAGAAGAAGAGUCGUCCGAAUGGUCCGACGCUAGCGCAAAGAGUGCUCUGGAUCUUAGAAGGAGUAUGUCACCCAGUUACGUACCAAAUGGAUCAAUCGGUUCUCUACACUCAGCCUCACAGAUUCACGACGGCACGCUGCACUUCUCUCUAAAAUACGACAAAUUUGACAAUGACUUACUCAUUAAAAUUUUGGAGGUUACAGAUCUAAAUGUUGAAGAUAGAACCGCCAUUUUGUCUCCGUAUAUACGGGUGAGGCUAUACAGAUCUCAUAGACAACUUUUUACCGGUGCUGUUGAAAAUGUUGACACCGAGUUCAAGACUCGGAUACAAAAAUUCAAAGACAAUUUAACUUUUAAUGAGACGUUUAAGACAUCCAUUGCAGCCACCAGUGUAAAGCAUAUCAGCAUUAAAUUUCAACUUUGUGACUUGGACAAGUAUUCUAGAAAGAUAGUGAUCGGAGAGUGCAUUAUGAAAUUAAAGAAAAUUCAUUUUGAAGAUUUCGAGGAAAAAGUCUUCCAGGAAAAAUUGAGGGCACCAAUAGAGGAGGAAUCAGGGGAGAUAUCCAUUGGAUUGAAUUAUCUCCCCACGGCAGAAAAACUGUAUGUCAACGUAGUCAAAAUGAAAAUUUAUAAGACACCAAACAGGCCUCAGAAUGUACUGGAUACCUAUAUCAAAGUUGUUCUAAUGCAUGACGGGAAACCGCUAAAGAAAACCAAAACGGGAACUAAAACGGAGGAAGCGAACCCUGAAUUUGAUGAAACCUUUCCGUUUGAUGUGCCCACACAGGAACUCGAGAAAGUGUAUCUAGCAAUCAGUGCCAUUUCUUUGAACACGGAAAACUCGGAACAGAAAGUGUUGGGGCGGAUCUAUAUUGGUUUACCCUUUGGAGGCCCAGCACAGGAGCACUGGACAGAAAUGAUAAGAUCGCCGAGAAAUCCAGUCCUACAUGUGCAUAAACUCACUGAACAGUGAAACCAGUGAAAUUGUAAUUACGGUGAAGUUGAUAUAAUUAGUAUCUCUCAUUCAUUCUCUUUCAUAUUCCGUCCUUUGAAAUAUCUCCUGCAAACGUGUGGAUUUCCAAUAACCUUUGCAAUACUACCUAAACCUCGGGACAUGUAGAACUUUACUCGGUGCACUGAGCACCAAAGUGAGUCUAAUUUACAUAGCACAAGCAAAUUUAAGAUGACUGCUGCUGGUAAUUUUGUAUGAAUACACGAAACAUAUUAUAAACUUUUUCGUGUAGUAUCGAAAACGAUUUUUCAUAAGAUCAGUGUACGACAUAUUUUUUUUUUCUGGUAAGAUGUGCUAGCUUUUGAUCACCUAAGUAGAAAUUUGCAGAGAUUGGUACGUGUAUAAACAAAUAUGCCACAGGCUAGCAAGUAUUUCUUACAAUAUUUGAUUUUUUUUUUUUUUUUUUAAAAACUCAUGAAUCAAAUUAUUGCUUAAUUUAACUUGAUAGGUGUACUGGUACAUGUACAUUUAUGAUUUACCCUAGAUUAUGACACACACAUAAGUGUGUAUUCUUUGAAAGACAUGUGGAAUAGGUUUUAAUGAUUUUAUAUUUCAUGAAUUUGGGUUUGUAAGGAUGCACAAGUGUUUGAAUGUGUUCGUAUAUUAAGUUAGGCCAUUCCAAAGUUUUUCUAUGUUUAGCAUCCGCGUGCGCCUUGGUUUUUGACAACCCAUGUCAGAAAAAACAAACAGAAUCAGGAGUCCGAAAAUUAAUUAUUCAGGUCAAAAUUUGUGAUUUCCAGCAAUAUCUCUAAAUAUUUGUAUAAUAUUUCAUUAUUGGAAUAGUUUCAGUAUUAAUACCUUGAUUUUGCUGCAGAAAAUAACUUUCUUUAUGAAAAAUAGAAAAAAAUGAAAUCAUAUCUUUUGAAUUACGUCAUUCUUAUUACUAUAAAAUAUGUGUUUUAUUAUUUUUUUUUGACCUGUGUGUUUUUUGCGAAUAGGGUUUUUGAAAGAUGGGUGGAUGCUAAACAGAGGAAAAACUUGGAAUGGCCUUAUUGGAAGUUUAAUUCCAGUGUUCUGUGAUUUGUAUAAUCACAUCGGGUUUAUUUUAAGCAAAAAACAAAAACAUUGUUUGAUGCUUGGUAUAAGAUAAGAAAUAAAA